GCUAUGUUGGAGAAAGGUCUGAUUUAAAGCCUGCCUUUGCCUCUGGUUCUAUAUUUUUCCUAGCUUUUACCAUUCAUACUCAGAUCACCAGAAGUCAUGCGGAUGUUAAACCGAUUGAUUGUAAGGGAAGAACCAAUCCCAUCGCAAUGCUAUUCUACAUGCAACAAUGCACUCAUUGAAGCACAAAGCGCUGGCAAAAGUCCAUCGCUAUGUUCGUCCAACUCCGUUUUUAUGCAAUGCCGUACGGCAUGUGAAGAUUGCAUAGAAGCCUCGGGAAGAAACUGGACUACAGCGUUUUCUGGAGAAGAGGGUGAAUGGCUAUAUUUUUGUGAUACGCAAACUCCAAGUUCUACUACGCCUACAGAAGGAUCAGAUUGGACAAGCUCCAGGUCGAUUCCAUAUGAAAUUGUGACAACGACGUUACCAGGCACAGCGACCAUUGGGGGAGUCACAACGACCUGGUCAUUUCAAACAGCCAUUACCCUAUAUUCUCAAAUUCCGGCUACUACGGCCGUCGAGAUUCCAAGGACAGUCAACGGGAGACUAACGACUUUUACCUUCACGACAACAUAUCGCCAGAUUAUACCUAAUUUGGAGUUGCCGACAAGUAUCGGGAACCAGACUACUAGUGCGAUUGGUAUUUCACCGCCACCCACGUUUGGCUCUGAACCAGCCACACCAGCUAGUCGUGCCUGGAUCGCUGGGCCUGUUGUAGGCGCUUGCUCUGGAGUGUUUAUUCUCAUGCUGAGUGCGUUUUUAUUAUGGCGUCGUAGGCAAAGAAAGGUUAAAGCGCAAUCCAAAAUAGAGUUGCAUGGGAAUUCGGCAGUGAAGACAGAGUUGGAAGUCCCUGGCUACCCACAAGAGCUUGAUACAACCGGCUCGAAGACGACGUGUAACGAAGCAGGUCGUCCCAGUGAACCACAGGAGCUACCUGCAAACGGAUGACGUACGAGACAAGAAUCAUCUAAACGAGGGCAGUGAGUUGCAUAAACGAGGAUUUGAUCACGUUUAUAUCAAGGGAUAUAUACAGGAAUAUAGUAUAGAUUUGGUUCUAUACAUCGCAUCUUACCAAAAUGAGGUUAGUAAAAUACAUAACCAACUUCUUCGUUUCGGGAUACCUCAAGUACCUAAGGUAGUAUCCCUAGAUAGAGUUAUGAGCCUGUGCGCUGUUCAAGAUGAAAGGAAUAUACAAACCAUACGGUAAAUAAAUAAUUAAGAAUAGUCACGAUAGAAAGAGCCUAAACUUUCAUCUACAAC